AUGCCGUGGGCAAGACCUCCAUCAUCAAGAGUUUUAAUUUUGUUUAUUUGUUGUUCAUCUCCUCAACCAUCUUAUAGAUACUGCGAGGGCUACUUCACGCCCAACUACAAGCUCACCAUCGGCGUAGACUUUGCUGUCAAGCAGGUGCAGUGGGACGACAAGACCACCGUGAGCUUGCAGGACGUGGCAGGUCACGAACGGUUUGGGCAGAUGACGCGAGUCUACUACAAAUACGCCAUCGCGGCCAUCAUCGUCUUUGAUCUCUCGCGGCCGGCUACGUUUGAGGCCGUGGCCAAGUGGCGGGAAGAUGUCCACAGCAAGGUGAUGCUUGCCAACGACCAGCCUAUCCCCAUCCUGCUGCUCGCUAACAAGUGCGACAUUCCCGGCGUGACGGUCGACACGGAAGCGCUUGACAAGUAUUCGCAGGACAACGGCUUCGUCGGCUGGUUCCCAAGCUCCGCAGCGAACAACACCAACAUCGACGAUGCGAUGAAGUUCAUGAUCGAGAAGGUGCUCGAGGUGGCCAAGACGAACCAGGUCCCCACUCCACAGACCGACACGCUCAGCCUCGAAGCCGAAUCCCAGUUUCUCACAGGAGAGGACGAAGUCGACGUCUACGGAAAGCCACGAAAGGAGGAGUCGUCGUGUUGCCCCAUCUAA